AUGGAUGAAACAUUGGAGAUUCUUGCAGCUGCCAAGAAAGCCGCUGAUUCUGCAAACAUAAAGGGUAUUCUUCGCGGUUCAUCUGACAUUUCCAGAUGUGUUGAUUGUUUGAAGAAGCUUGAAACCUGUCCCUUCAACGCUGAAAUCAUCAACACCCACAACAUCUACAAGAAGCUGCAAAAUCUCUGUAAGCACAAGAGCAGAAAGAUCUGCUCUGCAGCUUCCCGGCUUAUCGAUGUGUGGAAGAAGAGAGAGAUCGAGGUCUCAAAAAGGUUGACGCGGCCAGGUAUCAUUCGCAUCAAGUUGCGCCCUGCACCUCCUGCUCAGCCUAGUUCUCACAAUGUUUCAAACUCGCCCCCUCUUCAACCCUCAUCUCUGAAGAUGGAAGAGUCCACCAAAGCUUCGAACAAAGGGCUCAUCAUUCGCCUCAAGAUGCCAUUGCAAACUCCUGUUCAACCUUCAUCUAAGAAAGUGGAAGAUGCACCAAGAAAAAAAGUCAGGGCCAUGGUUGAGUCUGAGAUGUUUGCUCAGAUGGGUACUUGCCUUGGUAAUCAAAAGAUGAAGUACAGGUCCAUUCUGUUCAACCUGAGGGAUGUAAAAAAUCCAGACUUGAGGAGAAAGGUUCUUUGUGGAGAUAUCAAACCUGCUGAGCUGAUCAAGAUGAAAAGUGAGGAGAUGGCAAGCAAUCAACUUAAGCUUGAGAUGAGUGAGAUAAGAAACAGGGCUGCACUUAGGGAAGAGUCUUUGAUACAUCAAUUAUCUGAAUGUAAUGCUGUAUAUUGA